UACGAGGUAGCAAAAUGGCGAACAAAGAACAAACAGCGCACCUCAGUCAGUUUUCGCUGUUCACGCACAACAACAACAGCCAAAAGCCAUCUGAGUUCUACGAUACCGUGACAAGUAGUAAUAGACUAGAAGCCAAGACAACUGUCAGUCCAUAACUUGCACUUAGCUGUAGGAGAGGCAUGACCAGCAGAAUAUAGUACGCAGAGGCUAGCUACUACCGUAGGAACAGACCAAGACAGAAAGGAACACUAUUAUACCCAUCACUGAUUUCUAUCAAGCUUCCGUACCAUCAUGACAGUAUCCUACUGUUUUGGCUGCUGCUCUCCGUACGCGCUGGGCCUCUUUUUCAUUUUAUGCGUCUCGUUGAUCUGGAGUGCCGCCAGUAUCUUGGUCCAAUUUCUGUAUACCCAGCAGAGUUUUGACUCUCCCUUUUUGUUGACGUACAUUGGAGUCUCCCUAUUCACGCUGCUGUUGCCGACCAAGUGGAUACUAGAACACGGGAAACAGAUUCUGAGGACCAUAUUUGGACGACGACGACGACGAUCAUUGAAUGAAAUAAGCAGCACAACCAUUGAAAUCAUCACUGACGACAACAGAGGACAAUACGAAAAUGUACCGUCUGUUGGCGAAAGCGCCACUCUAGACGAACCCGAUGGCGAAGCAGACAAUGAUGGCAUUCCGACAAUGACAUUGAAAUGGACCAAGUAUGAUCACAUGAUGGCCGCGAUCAAAAUUGCUCCCGUUUGGUUCCUGGCCAAUUGGACGUACAAUGCCUCUCUGGCAUACACAUCCAUUACCUCUUCCACUGUGCUGGCGAGCACGGGAUCUGUCUUUACGUUCCUAUUUGCCGUCCUGUACCGAGACGAACAAUUUACAGGUAUCAAGUUUCUAGGGGUCUUGUUGGGGGUCACAGGGAGUCUCUGUACCGCCUUGCAUGACGCCAAUCACCACAAUACUGACGAUAAUACUGACAUGGCCAUGAUGGCCAUGGCCAUGAACAACAACACUUCCAUCGACGAGAUUGAGCGAGAAGAUGCCAUUCCGGUAUUUCGAAUGCUCCUGGCGGGACGUGCCUACCAGACGGAUUGGAGUCAAGAACGAGCCCUCUUUGGGGAUGCCUUGGGAUUGAUAUCGGCUUUGGGAUACGGGGCGUAUGCUGUCAUGGUGCGAGUCAUGUGUCCAAGGGACGAGAGCCUCAUGUCCAUGGAAGUACUGUUGGGGUAUAUUGGAUUGUUCAACAUGGUCGCAUUGUCGCCCAUUUUGUUUUAUCAACUCUUUAAUGGCAACCACUCGGAUUUGACCUGGGUGGUCUUGGGGUUCCUGGUGGUCAAGGGGUUGUUGGAUAAUGUCUUGAGUGAUUACCUGUGGGCGCGGUCGGUCGUACUCACCAGUGCCACCGUGGCGACGGUUGGCUUGGGAUUGACCAUCCCGCUGGCGUUUCUCAGCGAUGUUUUAUGGAUGGCACAGGAUGCUGCCGUUGUGUCGCUUACAUCCAUAGCAGGAGCACUUUGUGUUUUGGCCGGUUUCAUCCUGGUCAACAUUGCGGCUGAUGAUAACAACAACAAUAAGGAAGGAGCCAGCGAAGCGGCCGACAAUACACUGCAAGACGAUGAUGAUUUUGUACAGGACAACAGCAGCAGCAAUAGUAGUCAGCCAGUGCCGCUAACUGAAAUGAACAAGUACUCGGACGAAGAAGAACAACCAUCGCCCGAGACCUGAGCAAAGCCAAACUGCAUGGAUGGCUUUUUCACAACAAACGAAUGAACAGAAUUGGAAAAAAAAUGGACCGGUUCUAAUCUGGGUUUGGUGGCUGGGCACUUACUUUGGCAAGUUCUAAAGAAAGCGGCGUGCCAUGCCAGGGCAACGAGCGAUGCAACAACAUCAAGGAGUGAGCGCUGAAUUGGGGUUUGUCUCGAUCGUGCACCCAGAGUUGUCUGCCAAUUUCACGAAUUGUUUGAUGGCCCCGUCAAUGGCCGCAACGUUGCGGCGUGUCUCAUAC